UGAAGCCAAAAAUGGGCUUUGGCACAUAGACGAUUUUUGAUUGGCUGGUGAAAAAUGACCUUCACCUUGACUGAGCGCUCCUCAACUUGCUCUUCAAAACAACACAGCUGAGAAACUCACAAGGACACGGAGUUUGUGAUACCCCCGAGGUGUCUUUUCGGGAAAUUUCUGUGUGAAAUUUAUCACAUAGAGCAAUGUAUAAGGCACAGAGGUUCUGUGCCUUUUCAAGGAGCUUUAUAAAAAAUGUUUGGCCCAGUUAUCGAACAGAAAAGCUGACUGGCGCCGUACGAUCCAUACAAGUUGUGCGCCAUAGUUCAACUAUUGACACACUUCAUCCAAAACAUGACGACUUCUCGGAGCGACAUAUCGGCCCUGGUGAUGCUGAGAAGAGAGCUAUGCUGGAUUUCCUUGAACUAAAGGACAUCAAUGACCUGAUUUGUCAGGCAGUACCAGAGAACAUACUAAUGGACAGGCCGUUACAACUGGACCCACAGCUAGGUGAAUUGGAGCUGAUUGAGAGACUGUAUCACAUUGCUGGUAAAAAUGAUGUGUGGCGAAGUUACAUCGGGAUCGGCUAUUACAACACCUACACUCCUCAUACCAUCCUCAGGAACAUGUUUGAGAACCCAGGAUGGACAACUCAGUAUACACCAUACCAAGCUGAGCUGGCCCAGGGCCGACUGGAGUGCCUUCUCAACUACCAGACCAUGGUUUGUGACAUGACUCGUCUACCUGUGGCAAAUGCCUCUCUGCUGGAUGAGGCCACAGCAGCAGCUGAAGCUAUGGGGCUCUGUUACAGACAUAACAAACGCAGAAAGUUUUACAUAGACCGGAAAUGUCACCCACAGACAAUAGGAGUUGUAGAAACAAGAGCUAGUGCUCUAGGUAUCGAGGUGAAGCGAGUGGACUGGAAUGAAAUGGACUUGUCUAAUCGUGAUGUUUGUGGGGUGUUGAUCCAGUAUCCAGACACAGACGGCAGUGUGUUUGAUCACACAGAACUGGUAGUGAAGGCCCAUGCUAAUGGGACCCUGGUAGUGUGUGCGACAGACUUGCUGGCCCUGACCAUUCUCAGACCUCCAGGAGAGUUUGGGGUGGACAUAGCUGUUGGGUCCAGUCAGAGGAUGGGCAUCCCCAUGGGGUAUGGUGGACCACAUGCAGGAUUCUUUUCCACACGUAACAGAUACAUGCGACUCAUGCCAGGGAGGAUGAUAGGAGUUACCAGGGAUGCGAGUGGAAAUGAUGCCUACAGACUGGCUCUUCAAACCAGAGAACAGCACAUCCGACGAGACAAAGCCACUAGUAACAUCUGUACAGCUCAGGCUCUCCUAGCUAACAUGGCAGCCAUGUACGCUAUAUACCACGGCCCAGAUGGACUGAAGCACAUUGGUAAACGUGUCCACAAUGCAACACUCAUACUGGCAGAAGGUAUCAAGAAGGCCGGCCACAACUUGAGGACAGAGAUGUGCUUUGAUACACUACGAUUCAUGCCAAGGAAUGGCCAAGCUGAGAUUCUUCACAGAGCCAGCGUAAAGGAAAUCAACCUGCGUUACUAUGGGGAUGGACACGUGGGUAUUUCCCUAGAUGAGACAGUGGAGAGGACAGACCUGAAGGACCUACUGGAGAUCGUUGGCUGUCGAGAAUCAGCGGAGUCGCUAGCUGAUGACCUUGGCCCAGAACCUGCCACCAGUAUCAGGAGCUCCCCAUUCAGGAGGACCAGUACCUUCCUACAGCAUCCAGUUUUCAACAGAUACCAGUCGGAGACCAACAUUGUACGAUACAUGAAGUACCUAGAGAACAAGGACUUGUCGUUGGUCCACUCUAUGAUUCCACUCGGCUCCUGUACAAUGAAGCUCAACAGUACAACAGAAAUGAUGCCUUGUUCUUGGAAUGAAUUUGCCAACAUUCAUCCAUUUGUACCCCUGCCUCAGACAGAGGGCUACAAGGAAAUGUUUGAAGAGUUGGAGAGAGAUUUGUGUGAAAUUACCGGUUAUGAUAAAAUUUCAUUCCAACCUAACAGUGGUGCCCAGGGCGAGUAUGCUGGACUGAGGGCCAUCAUGGCAUACCUAAAAGCUACAGGAGAGCCCCAGAGAACAGUUUGUCUGAUCCCUGUGUCAGCUCAUGGUACCAACCCUGCUAGUGCCCAGAUGGCCGGGAUGAAGAUCCAGCCAAUCAAUGUGGACAAGAAUGGUUCUGUAAACAUGGAACAUCUCACAGCCAUGAUUGAAAAGCACAAGGACACACUAGCAUGCCUAAUGGUUACCUACCCAUCGACAAACGGAGUGUUUGACAAGGAUAUCAGAGACAUCUGUGAUUUGAUUCACCGUUAUGGUGGACAGGUAUACCUAGAUGGGGCCAACAUGAACGCUCAGGUGGGAAUCUGUCGUCCAGGAGACUAUGGAUCUGAUGUAUCUCACUUAAAUCUUCACAAGACGUUUUGUAUCCCACAUGGUGGAGGAGGGCCUGGAAUGGGUCCAAUAGGGGUAAAGAAGCAUUUAGCACCAUACCUGCCUACUCACCCUGUGAUCCCACCUUACGGUACCACCGGUCCCGAGGCAAAGUCGUUUGGAGUUGUUUCUGCUGCUCCAUUUGGUUCCAGUGCCAUUCUGCCCAUUUCCUGGGCCUACAUUAAGAUGAUGGGAGCCAAGGGCUUGCGUCAUGCUUCAGAGAUCGCUAUACUUAAUGCCAAUUACAUGAGCAAUAGGCUGGAAGGAUACUACAAGACACUGUACAAAAACGAAAACGAUCUUGUUGCCCAUGAAUUCAUCUUAGAUUGUCGGGAGUUCAAAAAGACUGCUAACAUCGAAGUGAUGGACAUAGCUAAACGACUACAGGACUAUGGGUUUCACUCCCCUACGACGUCCUGGCCGGUCGUCGGUACCCUCAUGAUUGAGCCAACAGAGUCUGAAGACAAGGAGGAAUUAGACAGAUUCUGUGAUGCUUUAAUUGCUAUUAGGAAAGAAAUCCAGAUGAUUGAGGAAGGAAGAAUUGAUUCUCGAAAUAACCCAAUAAAGAAUUCUCCACACAGUCAGGCAGUUGUCAUGGCAUCCCAGUGGGACUUCCCCUAUUCCAGAGAGGUGGCUGCUUUCCCUUUGCCCUAUAUUCGACCUGAAUCAAAGUUCUGGCCGACAGUAAGCCGCAUAGAUGAUAUCUUUGGAGACCAGAACUUAGUGUGUACCUGCCCACCAAUGUCCAGUUAUGAAUCUCCAUAUGUAGACCAGCUCAAGAAAGAAAAGAUUUCCAUGUCAUGAAGGCUUGAAGUUAGGUAAUUGAAAACUUUUACUGUACUGAGGGUUCUGGAGAAAACAGGCGACAAUAGAUACAACAGGACCUUCCUGGAUGGCGUUUCACUUUCUGAGGAAAAGAAAAAACCUAAUUAUUUCUGCUAAUUAAGCAUGUUAUAUGAUCCAAUGUAGAUCUUGACUAAGGUGUGAUAUUGAUACUGUAGAUGUUUGUAAAGCUAAGACUAAAUGAUUCAGUUUGCAUGGCUGUAGUGUAGAACAAUAUGUUCUUACUAAUGAUUUAAAUUAUAGAUAAUAAAAUUGGAUGAAAUUUUGGUUAUUUGAUAUACUGAAACUGUUAAUAAUUUUAUCAAGAAAACUUCAAAGGUCAAAGUUAGUAUUAUUCUGACUGUUGUUUGUAAGGAUACCGUCUGACUGUCGUUUGUAAGGAUACCGUUUGACUGUCCUUUGUAAGGAUACCGUUUGACUGUCCUUUGUAAGGAUACCGUCUGACUGUCCUUUGUAAGGAUACCGUCUGACUGUCCUUUGUAAGGAUACCGUCUGACUGUCCUUUGUAAGGAUACCAUCUGACUGUCCUGUGUGAGAGUUUAGCUAUUAAGAUCUGUUUCAUACUUAAAGAAAAUAUUUUAUGAAACUGCUGAAAAAUUAAACAGACAUCUUAUUAAGAACAAUAAACAUCACACUUUAAUAUCUAAUGAAGUAUUCCUUCAAGUUUAUACUCGUGGUUUUAUUUAACAGGGAAAGUACUCCUGUUUCUUUAGUGAUGUUAGCACACAGCUGAAUACUCCUAUCUUCUAAAAUUGAUUAAGUGAUAUAAGCAACUUUAGCACACUGCUGAAUGUCUCUUAUCUUGUAAACUUAUCUGAGUGAU